GGUAGAGGCGCAGGAAAUAUAAAUAAGCUUCAAAGUGCGUAUGUGAUUAGUAUUGAUUUAUUUAGGUCUCAAAUAGUCAGUUCUAGGUGCAUUAUCACGUCGUACCUGGUGUUAAUUAUUUUGAGAAAAUGACGGUGUUGACGAAAACAAACGAUUUGGUGAAGAAACCAGAAAUAAUAAAUACACCACUCGAGGUUGGUGCAGUGAGAUACGAUGUGACACAUCUAAGGCCUGAUAUGCGGCCACGAACCCGAGUGGUCGUAUACCGAUCGAGGUGUAGCAGCGCAAUGUUGGCCAUCUCUUUCGUUACCACCUUGCUGAUGCUCUUGGGCGCCAUUUUGGCACUUGUCUUCUUCAGCGAAACGAAAGUCUAUGUACCGACGCGUUAUAAGGGCUACUGCACUAUUCCGUUGGACAUGGCAAAGGUAAAGCGUUGUACUGAAUUGAAACAUGUCGAUGCACGUCUGACGGAAGAUAUACGGAAGUAUAAUAUGAAGCACGUUAGUUGAACAGACAUGUCGACUGCGCAGUAGCAUACUUUCGGGUCUCAAUUGGGUACGGGGAUCAAUCGGGGUUUGCGUAACCAUAGCAACGUAGUAUGCCGGAGACCGGAAACUGUGCAAGAGAUCGCCAUCAACUUACGUGUUGCGCAUUAUAUAUCAGUACGUUUUACGCACAGAUCGAUCAUCGGUUGAAUGUUUUAUUUUACAUAUGUUCGGUAUCGAUGGGUCAUAUGGAUAAAGCCUUAUACGUUUAUUGUGUAUUCAAAUGGCACGAGUAAAUAUAUGUCUCGUAAAUAGAAUUGGUUAAGUUAUAGGAGGAGCUCGAUGGCGCAAUGGUUAGCGCGUUCGAUCAGCAACAUGGUUAUUAAGAAAUUUUCGCAAGGGCCGGUCGUAGGAUGGGUGACCAAAAAUUUGUUAUUUAGAGCUCCUUUGGGCUUCGGAAGGCCAUUGGAGCCGUUGGUAAGCCAUCGGUACCGGCUUUAACUGCAGACGUUAACGCAUACCAAUCCACACUGUUGGCUUGUAGGUGGUCAUGGUCCAUUCUUCUUGUCCCAUUCUAUCUAUAGGGAAGGCUUGAUUCCCAACAGUGGGGACAUUAAAAAGCUGGAGAUGACGAUGAUGAUGAUGUGAUUAAGUAUAGGUAUUUGUUGACAUUUUCAGGCUUCGUCUCAAGUUCAGGAGGCGCCCAACGCGUACCGUGUGCCGCUACGCUGGAGUCCAGAGCCCCAGGUGACACUCUUCACCAAUAAUGAAGACCAGGACCCCGCCGGUGAAGUUUUGAACAGUCUAAUGGAACGAUUUGACAUCGAUGACAACGUAGAAAAGAUCUCCGUUGUUAACAGCGGCCAGAAUGUGGAAUUUAUUCACGAUUUCAAUGCUAACGCUACGGGUAAGAUGGAAUAUUCUUUUUUUGUUAUACUAUAUCUAAAACAUGUAAUACUGAAAAAUGCUUAAAAAAUCCACCUUGUCCCUGCUACUUCAAAAAUUCAUAAGUCCUGUAAGGUCCCGGGUAGCUCGGUGAUUAGAGCGGCCGCCCGGAUAGCACUAGAUAUUGGCUAGUUACUGGUUCGAGUGGUUUUUUAAGCAUUUUCCAUUAAAAAUAUUUUUAAGUAUAGCAUUGUGAAUGCAAAAUUAAUCAAAUAUAAUAUAUUAGAUGUUAUAAUUGUAUAUAUACUAGUCUUUAUAUUUGUAUAUAUACAUGUCUAUAUAUUAGAUGUUACAAUUGUAUAUAUACUAGUUGUGGUGGUGUAACUUUCCGUAGGUAAAAGAAUUUUCAUGAUCGGAUCAGUGUUUCCGAAGGUUACCACUACAAACAAACAAAGUUAGAUACUUUACCUCUUUAUAAUACUACAUAGUGUAGAAGUAAACAUAAUACUAAUUCAUAAUAAAAAUACUCAAAAAUAAUCUAACAACAUAAAUGCAAAUGCAAAGGUCAAACCAACUUUUGUCAUACCAACUUUUGUCAUACCGACAUAUAGAAAUAACAUAUCUUAUCAUAAUCCCAUCGCUCGUAUCGUGGACUCACAGCGGUGCUUCGUCAUGGAUUUGGACCCUGAGGCGGUGCUGUCGCCGGGUGUGUUCUUGCUGCACAUCGAGAACGGCGAGGAAUUCGACGUGAUGCGAGUGAAGCGCCGCCUGCGUGCACUGCUGCCCGCCGCCGUAGCAUCUUUGCAUCAGCUGAGUUCAGUGUUGGCUGAACACUGCGUAGAUCGACCCACCUACCACCUUGAGAACGACCAAUCCGAUAUUAUUCGUAAGCGUUCUGCCGAUGACCCGAAGCAGGAUUACUUGCACUUCGCCGGGAAACACCUCUUGGAGAUAUCAAUAGACAAUAUGGGCGAGUUGCUCGAGUAUGAAAAGGAGCAUGCCUAA